AUCUUAAGAGAUUAAAUAUUUAAUUUAUGAGUGCUGAUUCGGAGGAACAGAAUAGGGAUGUUUCAAAUGACCCAUAACCAAAACCUGACAAUAAGAAAGUGCAGGAUUUUACAGAGGAUUGGGGGUAUUAAGGGAACCCAUCACCACGAUUUACACCUAUGCCUUAUCCAUAAUUAUUCCCUCCCAUGUGUCCUCCUCCAUUUGAAUUAGAGAAAUAAGUCUAUCAUGACUAUGAUCAACAGAAAUAUCCGCAAAUGAACAGCGAUAGGAAAGGGCAAAGUGAAGUUCCGCAAAUGGAUCACAUUGACGAUGAUCCACAUCGUAUUCCUGUGUCCUAUCCAUUCAGUUAUUAUCCACCUAUGAAAUACGCGCCACAAACAAUGUUUAUGAAAUAUCCUCCACCCACACAUCAAGGUUAGCCAUAUAUGGUUCCACCCAGUCCAUGGUAUCAUUAAAGACCAUAAUAAUAAUUAAUGCCCCCAUUUUGUUAUUAUCCCUAAUCUCAGUAUGAUGGACUGCAAUGCUAAAAUACCGUUUCCAAGGAAUUGCAAUCCAAAGUGUUUCAGUUAGUUUAAUAUCAAAAAGUGUCGGAUUUCUAAUGUAAUUGUAAAAAAAGCAAAUGCCUCAAACUCUAUUGCGAAUGCUUUGCCAAUAAUUGGGUUUGUUCACAAAGCUGCAAUUGCUAAGAUUGUAAGAAUAGAAUCGAUAAUCCACAAGAAAGGUCAAAAGCAAUUGAAGAAGCUUUGCUUAGAAAUCCAGAUGCUUUCGCACAAUGUUUUCAAUAAAAGGGUCAAACCUAAUUCUCUGUCUAAUAAUAAGAUAAACCACUUAAAGAACCAACCAAAGAUAAUUCAAAUAUAACUAGAAAAGGUUGUAAUUGUAAAAAAUCUGGAUGCAAAAAGAAGUAUUGCGAAUGCUAUAGCCAAAACUUAAAAUGCAGUGAUCUAUGCAAAUGUGAAUAGUGUCUUAAUAGAACUGAUGCUGAGAUCCAAGCCCAAUAGGAUAUCGCUUAAGUCUUGAAUUCUUAGGAUUAAGUUAAUGUGGACAUCAAAGUCAAUCAAAAAUCCAAAAAAAUCAAGAAAAUUGGAAACGAAGACAAAAGUGAUUCACAGAAGCCAGUAGUCUAAUUGAAAAUAAAUCUUAAUAAUAAUAGCAGUAGAAAAAAGUAAGAUAAAAAAUGAAGAACAACCAUUAUAUUUUAUUUAUCUAUU